UUGGAUCUUGCAGAUCCGUCACUGAUCCCAGGAAUCAGUGUAUGUUCCAAAGAUGGCUUCUUCUGUCGUCGAAUCAUCAAAGGAAAACCUGCUGAUCCGAUUGAUCAAGGAAAAAAGCAGCAGUAUAGAGGAUUAGCUCUGCAUCCACAACGAGGUGCCAUGGUGUGGAUUGAAUCAUACGGUAGCCAUCAUAAGAUUGUCGGUGCGAACAUGGAUGGCACGAAUGUCCGGAAUUUGGUCGAAAAUAAACUCGAUUACCCAACGGGAUUAUCGAUCGAUUUUAUUCGAAGCGAUAUCUAUUUUGGUGAUAUUGAAAGGCAAGUGAUCGAGAGAGUGAAUAUGGAUACAAGGGAGAGGACCGUGGUUCUGACCCAAGGAGUACAUCAUCCAUAUGAUGUACGGUACUUCAAUGGAUUUUUGUACUGGACAGAUUGGGCCACCUCUGCGUUGAAAGUGUCCGAGUUGAGUAUUUAUCAUGAGUCUGCCUAUUCAAUACACUCAUUCACUACUUUACCGUAUGGUUUGGCGAUCAAUCAUACGAUGUUCCAACCCUCACUCUCCGAAAAUCCAUGCGCCAAUAGUGCUUGCCUAUGGAUAUGCGUGUCUAUUCCGAAUGCUGAGGGAGAGUUGAAACCGCAAUGUUUAUGUCCUGACGGUUACACGAAGGAAAAAGACAGUAGCUGUGCACCUAUCGAGGAGAUCUUGAAAGACGACGAUGGAAAACCUUUAUUGAAGAAUAAUGAGCCUAAGGUAGGUGAUUAG